UCAGUACCAGGAGUAUGCUCCCAUAAUCUACACGCCCGUCUGUGGAGGCCAAACCUACUACCAGACAGUUGGCGGACAGGUGUUGGCCGGUUCCGGGUUUAGCGCCACCGGUGGAUCGAUUGUGGGGGCUGCUGGGGGAACCCCACACGCCCAAAUCGUCACUCACCAAGGAGCAACCUACAUUUUACAGGGAGGUGCGGCUCUUGAAGAUGAUGCUGCCUCUCUCUCCCACACUGCCAAGGCGAGCCCACUGACGACCGCCGAGGGAGUGAGCCUACCUCGCAGCACCCUCUACUUUCAUUACCUACAACACUGUCACGAGAACAAACUGGAGCCCAUGAAUCCGGCUUCAUUUGGCAAGCUCAUCCGCUCCGUCUUUUUGGGUCUUCGUACCCGGCGGUUGGGCACUCGGGGCAAUUCAAAGUACCACUACUAUGGUAUCCGUAUAAAGCCGAGCUCGCAGUUGAAUCACUACGUGGAGGAUGCCAGCUUUGCGCUGAGGCAUUACCCCAACUAUCAUCGACAGAGCAUGGAAGUGGUGGCUGAAUGGAAGAGCCUGGCUACAGCAGGCUCCGGCAGCCCGGCCAACGUAGGAAGUCAAUUGAAGAGCUCCACACCGCUGGUUGGUGGGAGAAGUCAGUGUGCCGGCGUUCCCUAUGGAUCCUCCUCUUCCACACUCGGACACCAACAACAACACCAGGGUUUGUCGCAAUCUGGUCUCAGUGGCGGUAGUUCCCUCGACGAACGCAAUUCCGUCUCCAACAGCGGCAUCGGCAGUACCCGACAACUCUCCUCCGCUUUUGGCGGUCAAUCGAAACAUCAGCACUCCCAGUUCCUCGGAGAGGCGAGCUCAGCUCUGCCGAAUCUGGAUGAAAUUUGUCGAUCUGCUGGUCUGCCGAUUCCCGCUAAUGUGUUACUUUACUAUUCUUUUGUUUUUGACGUAGGAGUCGACAAUGCCGAGUUGUCACCAACGAGCAAGUCCCGCAAUGGCUCUGGUGACAAGGUUGCCCAGUCUGGCAAAAAGUCGCUCUCUGUUGAUGGAAUCCCCGCCGAGGACUUGGCCUCCUUCGCUUGUCUGUACGCCCUCAGUGCUAGCAAUAUGCUGGAAGCGGUUGUAAACCUUGAUUUCUCUGCCAUCGCCAAUGUCUGGAAGGUGUUUUGGCGGACCGAGGAGUCCAAGGAUAACUCGGAAUUUGAAAAAGCCCUUCCCAAAGAACGUCUCUAUGCACUCUCCAGGAGCACGGCCGUGCACCAAUUCAUUCGUCUCUAUGAUCACACAUUUUACCAGUCUCUGGCGGAGGUCCUCAUACCCAACGUCCUCCGACCCAUCCCCCCUACACUCACCCAGGCUAUACGCAACUUUGCGAAAAACCUUGAGAUGUGGAUGCGCCAUGCCUUGCAGCAGCUUGAUCCGGUUCUCCUUCGCCUUAAACUCUCCGCCGUCUCGGCUCUGGCUCAGACGCUGCGCAGAUACACUAGCCUCAAUCAUCUCGCACAGGCAGCACGAGCGGUUCUCAAAAAUUCCAGUCAAAUCAACCAGAUGCUGAUUGAUUUGAGUCGCGUUGAUUUCAACAAUGUUCAGGAACAAGCCUCCUGGGUGUGUCAGUGCAGUGAUGCGACUGUGGCGCACCUGGAGCAGGAUUUCAAGUACAUUCUCCAGAAGCAGUCCAGUCUGGAGGAGUGGGCUCAGUGGCUUGACACCGUCGUGACGGGUAUCCUGCGUCCCCUGGAGGGCAACAAUCUGGCCUACACACGAGCCGCUCAUCAACUUGUUCUCAAGUGGUCCUUCUACAGUUCGAUGGUUAUCCGUGACCUGACCCUGCGCUCUGCUGCCAGUUUUGGCAGCUUCCAUCUCAUCCGCCUGCUUUAUGAUGAAUACAUUUUCUACCUCGUGGAGCAGAAGGUGGCAGCCCAUCUGGGCAUGACACCUGUCGCGGUCAUGGGUGAAAUGGGCCGGGUAGGUCCGCCCUCUCUCUCUCUCACUUGCAUUUCUAUUACUGUCGACAGCACACGUCGUAGGGAUGCAAAGGUAGCGUCGGGCAAACUGGAGGACGCCCUCGCCUCGGCUGGCUCCUCGGAGACUGUUGUACUCUCCGUGAACCUUGCAAACGAGGGGGAGAACAACAAUUCCGACUCCAGCAACAUCAAGGAGAGCGCUGUACCGCCGCCCGAUGAGACUGAUGAA